UAAGUAGACACAAACAGAGGAGUAACCUGCUCGGCAGGAUCCGCUUCUCUUCACCCGGAGCGCGCAUGCGCAGUGGCAGAUUCAUUCAUCAAGGAAUGAAUGCACAAAUUCAACUUCUAUAUGUGACAAGAGAACUGGACUGCGUAUUAAACCUGUGAAUCAUGUACACUCCAGCAGCUGAUGCAGGAGUGACGGUGGAGAAGGAUGCGGCUCUGAGCGGUGCGUACUCACCUGUGGACUACAUGAGCAUCACCAGUUUCCCUAGACUCCCAGAAGAUGAAGCUUCAGCCGACAACACGCUCAAAUCACGCAGAGAGGACGAUAACUUCCUCAGCGAGCAGGACACAGACCCUGAUCUGUUCCUGAAGUCGGCCCGACUGCAGCGGCUGCCCUCCUCUGCCUCGGAUUUGGCAAGUCGGGACGUCUCUCCUCUGAGAGAGACCAGCAGAGACCCGCUGGCACAGGACUGCGCCUGCACACGGGACGGGCUGACCGUCAUCAUCACCGCCUGCCUGACCUUCGCCACCGGGGUCACCGUGGCCCUCAUAAUGCAGAUCUACUUCGGAGACCCACAGGUGUAUAACCAGGCCGCGGUGGUGACGGAUGUGGCCCGCUGCACGUCUCUGGGCUUUGACGUUCUGGCCAAACAGGGCUCCAGCGUUGAUGCUGCUAUAGCCGCUUCGCUCUGCCUGGGCAUCAUCCAUCCCCACACCUCAGGCAUCGGCGGCGGCGGCGUGAUGCUGGUCCAUGACAUGCGCAGGAAUGAGAGCCGGGUCAUUGACUUCCGUGAGACGGCUCCCUCCGGGAUUCACCAGGACAUGAUGCUGCAUGCUAAUCAAAUGUCAGGUCUGUUAGUGGCUGUUCCUGGCAUGAUCAGUGGACUACACCAAGCUCACCAGCUCUAUGGGAGAAUGGCCUGGAAAGACGUGGUCACUAUGGCCGCAGAUGUGGCAAGGAAUGGAUUCAAUUUGACGCAUGAGCUGGCUGAUGCACUGUCUGAAGUGAAGGAGCAGAACGUGUCGGAUGCGUUCAGAGACGUGUUCCUGCCGAACGGUCAGGCUCCCCUCGCGGGACUCUUCACCAAACGGCUGGAUUUAGCUGCUGUUUUGGACAGGAUUGCAGUCAAUGGAGUCUCAGAGUUCUACAGCGGGAAUCUGACACAGGAAAUGACAUCAGUGGUUCAAGCUAAAGGAGGUGUGUUGACAGAGGACGACUUCAAAAACUACACCACUGUCAUAGAGAAGCCCCUGCAAAGCCUUUAUCAGGGCUACCAGGUGUUUGUUCCCCCUCCGCCCCACGCAGGAGCCGCCCUGCUGUCCGCUCUCAACAUCCUGGAGGGGUUUAACAUCACAAACCAGGUGUCUAGGAGCAGCAUUUACCACUGGAUAGCUGAGUCUCUGAAGAUCGCUUUGUCUCAGGCCAGUGGACUGGGAGACCCCAUGUACGAUUCAUCGGUUUCUGAGCUGGUGACGCAGAUGCUCAGUAAAGAGCAGUCUGCUGUGCUCCGGCAGAAGAUCAGUGAUUCUCAGGCGUUAGCGGCCGAGCUCUACACGCCGUCAUACGAGCUGCAGGAGGGCGCUGUGGCCAGCCAGCUCAUGAUCAUGGGCACCGAUGACUUGAUCGUGUCUGUUAUGAGCUCUCUAAACCGGCCGUUUGGAAGCCGCAUUGUGACCCCCUCGGGGAUUCUCCUGAACAGUCAGAUGCUGGACUUCUCUUGGCCCAACAAAACCCACAGCUCUGCAGCUCUCAAUCAGCGUAACAGUAUUGAGCCUGGCAAGAGGCCGGCCUCGUUCCUGACGCCGAUUGCGGUGCGGCCGUCCAUCGGUCUGUGUGGCACAUACGUGGCGCUGGGCUCCUCUAACGGCGAGCGGGCGCUGAGCGGCAUCACACAGGUUUUGAUCAAUGUUUUGUCAGCACGUAAUAACAUGAGUGAGAGCGUGUCCUAUGGCAGACUGCAUCCCGUCAUCCAGAACAACACCCUGCUGGUGGACUCUAAAUUUGCUGAGGCGGAUGUGAAGUCUCUGAUAGAGAAGGGUCAUGAUGUGCGUAAGGUGGACAUCAUCUCACUGGUAGAAGGGACCCGGAGGACCAAUGACCUGAUCAUCGGUGUGAAGGACCCGCGCAGCACUGAUGCCUUGGCGCUCUCCAUGUCCAUGCCCUAGAUUCUCACACACACACACACACACACACACACACUGUGCUACUGUUCUGUUUGUGCACUAAAUGGUUAUGAGGUUCCAAGUUCCAAGGAUAGAGCUGAUCACUAAAAUAGAUGGACAAUGUCCAGUAGAUGGAAAUGAGCUGGUCCCUGCUACCCCAUCAAAAAAAAACAGCAACAUACACACACACACACACACACACAAUGAUGGCAAAUUGUAAAAGACAGCUCAAAUGUUGUAAUGCUAAAUUUCGCCAAAUCUAUUUUGAUGAAGAAAAAAACAUUUUCUACUUCUUGGAUGAUCUGAAGGGUCAGUAUGUUUUCAGGAGAGGUUUAUUUUUGGGUAAACUGGUUCAAGUCAAGUCAAGUCUGCUUUAUUAACUGCUCACAUAGAGUAUGUGUCAAAACAUUUGGACAUACCUACUCUUUAUUUAUUACUGAUAUUUUCCACAUUGUGGAAUUACAGUAAACCAAUUAAAACUGUGAAAUGACACAAAAGAAAGUGUGCAAAAUACGUAGUGACCAGAAAAUUUUAAACAAAUCAACAUAUUUAGCUUAUUCAGUCAUCAGCCUUCAUCUAGAGUCCAGCUGAGCACACUUCUUUAAAAAAAAACCCUCAUGUGGAGCAUCAAACAAACAGUAUUGAAGGUGUUUUGUGUGUGCUAGAUGUCUGCUGGCUGCUUUUCCUUCACUCAUAAGAUCAUAAGGAACAAAUUCAGUCACGCGUGUGUAAUUUUUAACUAGUUCUGUCAGGGUUGUGUAGGAUUAUGCCUUGUGCGAAUUAGAGGUAGAUAAAGGCAAACGAAAGUAUUUUUUAAUAUCUUGAAGUUUUCAUGAAGAAGUGUCCUCACAAAUGUGAGGAAAUGUUACUUGAAGUGAAUGUUACAUGAGUAAAUGCUCCCAUUUACGAAUGAAUGAAUGAUUGUACAUAUUAUAUAAUGAUUAAAGAGGUUUGGGUGGUAACAAAAGUAUAACUAUAUGCUCUUAUUUUAUUAGCCGAUCAAAAAAUCUUGGAAUCAUUAAGGAGCUGGUCUAAAAUGAAUAAAGCUGUGAGAAUGGCUGUUGUAAAAUAGUAAUAUGCUUUCAGAUGCAGUUUAAUAUAUGCCAUGAUUAUUUCCUUUUACGGUUUUAUUUUGAAUUGUGGAUGUCAGUUUGUUGAUGUAGGCCUAUAUAAUUGUAAUACAUUUUCUCUUGGGUGUGGAAACGGUAAAAUAAGUUUCCGCACAUAUGUCUGAGAGACGAUCAGUUGAUUAUUUAAAAGUGAUGUGAGCUUCCUGUUCGUGGGCACAUUUGGUUAUUUUCUGCCCUAAUUGAAUAUUAUUGCACUGUAACAGCACUACUGUUGUGUUUAGUAGCUUAACAAUGACAGUGAUCACGAUGGAGAAUAAAUAUGUACAUGUA